GGGUAUUUAAAUAUCAUAACAUGGAUAUAUUAAUAGUCCUAAUGAUAAUUAGAAGGAAAUUGUUUAUUUCAGCUGAAGAAGGAAACAUAACAUUGUGUGUUAAUGAAAUAUCAUUUAUUUAAAGCCAUUUUGGAAUUGUAGAUUUCAAAGACCGCUGAAUGGUUUAUCAUGGCUCCUCAAGCAAUAUUGAUGUUGAUGCUGAGUUAUCAUUUACAGUGGGACAUUUGUGCAGCGGAGCGAAAUAUGUGUGGAAAUCCAGAUGGUACAUUGAAAUGCUGUGCAGAUUAUUAUUUGCUGAAUGGGAGUUGUAAAGAAUGCUUUGGGGCGUACGGAGAAGACUGUUCAACACCAUGUGAACUAAAUACUUAUGGAUAUCGGUGUAGAAGGACUUGUGACUGUAAUGAAAAUCAAGUUUGUGACAGAUACAUUGGAUGUAUGGAUAGAGAAUGUGUAAAAUUCUUUGGAAAGGAUUACAGAAUGGAUUGGUCAACUGAAUAUUAUGAAAAAUCAUGUAAAGAGAGAUGUAACUGUAAUGAAACUGAAACCUACAAUCAAUUAGUCAAAUGUAUGGAAGAUGAUGACAGACCUGCAUUGCACAAUGUGACUGUAAACAAAGAAGAAUGCACAAGUAUUAAGCAGUUGCUCGCGGGGAUGAUCAUUCUGUACAUCUUUAGUUUCACCCUGUGUUUUACACUAUACCGGUUUAGAAGCAGACGACAAGGAAUGUAUGACGUACAGAGAGUCAUGGAUACGUCAACAGAUCGACAGAGAAGAUCACAAAAAAUACAGAUGAUUCACUUCAAGAGUUUGACUGAAAAAUGUGAAGAUGUCAAGAAAAUCAUGUUUAAGAAAGAAUUUGAAAAACAAAUGACACAUAAAUACAGUCGAAUCAUAUUCCCUAAAUUUACGUCAGUGGAUAUCCCAGCAGACCAGUACAGUACGGCCAUAAUACGUAAUCCACAUGUACUGGAGGAUGGAGAAAGUGAAAGCAGCACAGACACUUCUGAUGGAGGAGAUAUGCAAGAACGUUUGAGACACCCCUCCACUGACCAACGUAGUGCAGGAAACUCCAGACCUUAUAGUGUGGCUAGAAAUGAGUGGAAUUGUUGAAUACUGAUUCUCUAUUUUCGAUUAGUAUCAAUAGUUUCGAUCAUGAUAAACGAAUAGGGUAUCUCAAACGUCAAACUUUCAGGAAUGAAAUACUGCAUAAAGAUAUGGAUCAUUAUUGAUAUUUUUCAAAAUCGAAAGUAUAUGAUAAGAUCAUUGAAUGAAUUCUAUUUUUGUUGACUAGUUAUAUAUAUAUAUGUAUGUUUGAUUCCAAAUGUAUUUAUAAGGAUGUUAUCGUUCAACGAGUUCUUUUAUCCUACUUUAAAAGUUUUCUGAUAUGAAUACUAAAGCUACAAGGUCCCUUGUACUAGCACAUGUUGGAAUGUUAUAUUUUGACAGAUCAUGCUGUGAAAAUCUUACCAUGUUUUGUUCCUUGACUUAAUUUUAUUUCUAGCGACAGAAAAACAUCAACAUGAUUUAUUGUUAUGUAUCAAAUUCUCUUGGAACUUCUUCAAAUAUGUCUAGGUCUAGUUGGGGCCACAUGUAGGAGCUAGUCUUCAAUUUAAAUUAUCAGGGUCAAUACAGCUUGGGCAAUUAUAUGUUAUCUAUAUAAAUAUACAUAAUACAUUUCAUUGAAAUAUAGAAGAGGUUCAUGGGCCCUAAUGCUAACCUGUGUCAACCGGGUCCUGCUCUUUUUGAAACGAGGAUUUUGCCCCAUCUUAUUUCCAAGAAAAAUUUGAACCCAUAUUAUAACCCUACCUAAGCCAAAUGGAGUUUGGAAUACCGAUUACCCCAUGUACACUCAUGGGCUGGUUUAACCGGUCAAUAGAGACACCUCAUCCUAUUUCUGGUGUGUAUAGGGGCGAUAGUAUUUGCCCUACUUUAGUUUUGUAUUAUUUAUAGGAUUUGUCUUCACUUUUUCGCUUUACUAAGUAAUUGAGUAAUGUCUUUGAAAUAAAUAAACCUUAAUCAUA